UAGAAACAAGUACAUAUAAAUUUGCAGUAUCGACAAUUUCAAUUCAGGCUUCGGUCAGUGAUCAGACAAUGGCGUUGAGAAUUCUGUAUCUUCUUGGUCUUCUCCCAGUUUAAGCCAGCCGUGUGACUCUCAUGCGUAUCGCUAUUUCGAUACAGCUGUUUCUUUCAUUUAGUAAAUGCAAAAUUAUUUAAAUUUUAUUAUAGAAUUAUCUGGAACAAUGAAGAAGAGACUUCUAAUAAAAGAGAAAUGGGAAAGAAUUAAUUUGAGACUAGACGAAUUAGACAGAUGUGUGGCGAGAGUCACUGAAAAAUAUCUGAAAGAUGACCAUGCUGAGGUUCCCUCACUCAUAUCUCAGGUGUCUCUUCAACGAAAAGAUAAUCGCCACCAUUUCUGUGGCGGCUCGAUCCUGAACGAUAACUAUGUCAUCACGGCAGCUCACUGUGUUUCCAGUAAAACUGCCGAUGAAAUAAAAGUUAUUGCUGGAACGAACGACCUAACUGAUCCGAAGUCGGAGCACGAUGUCGCAGAAAUCAUUAUACACAAAGACUAUAAUCCCGGUAAUUCCUGGGUUAAUGAUAUUGCAUUACUAAAGGCAAAAACUCCCUUAAAAAAAUCUUCCACCAUCGGACACGUCCCUUUGCCACCAAAGGACUUCGUUGUUAAUGUCGACGAUGUGGCUGUUGUGUCGGGAUGGGGCAGCUUCUUGCUAGGUGGACCAUCCACUCCUCAACUACAACGAGACAACUUUCUCAUAGCUGAUCAAGAGCACUGCAAGAAUAAGUACAAGCAUAUGGGAUACACGGUACAUCCCACGCAUAUUUGUAGCCCACCAGUAGAGAAUGGUCAUUACCAUGGUGACUCUGGUGGCCCAUUGAUUGUUGAUGGGAAACUCGUUGGACUAGUAUCCUGGGCGUAUCAUUGCGACGACACUACCUUACCCGUUGUGUAUACACGUGUCGUAUCUUACCUGGAUUGGAUUAAGGCAAACGCAGUUUAACACAAUCUUACUCGGUUCUAACUAGGAUCCAUUCUCUGUUCUUCAUUGUUAUUAUUAUUAUACAUAAUUUUCUAAAUAUUAGCUCGUAAAAUUGAGAAAGAAAUAUGUUUUUAUGUAUUGUAAUUAUAUUCCUUAAUGUAGUCCUUAAAUAUAAUUGCAAUGAAAUAUAAGUUUGUGCGUAACAGGUGCUCUAAAAUUCUAUACACUUUUGUUACGAAAUAAAUAUUA